UUUGUAAUUAUUUGUCUUUUGUAUGUUUGAAAGUUGGAAGGAAUAUUGGAGGUUAUGUGGUAACUAAUAGUUUUUGUGUUAAAACUUUGGCUUUGUUUUUUUUAGUAAAACAAGGAUUACAUUUUAAUUUUUUAGGUUUCGUGAUGUUUAGAGUUAGAACUCUAUUUGAUGAUUUAAAAUAAAAGUGUUAGGAAUAUGCGUCGCAGUCUGGCUCCGAGUCAGAUAAAACGUACUUUAGAAAGCGAAUCUCAACCUUCACCUAAAAGAUGUUUGAAAAGCAAGAAGGUUGUUACUCCGGAACCUCGACCAGUGUUGGUUGUAUUGAAUACUCCUGAACAAGUAUCUGCUCAUGAAGCCCUGAUAAGAAAACUAUUGUCUAAACCGUUCAAAGUUCCGAUAGCCAAUUAUCAAGGCCCACUUGGGAGCCGAGCACUUGGGAUACGCAGAGACGGUACACGACGUUCGCUUCAUGACCCUGAAGCUCCAGGAGCUCUUGUGCUCUACACUCCACCUCAGCUUAGUGCUCAUGACCAACUCAAACUGGACAAAGAUAAGAUCCUGGUGCAUGUAGUUGUAGAUCCAGUACUAUCCAACAUCCUGAGGCCCCAUCAGCGAGAGGGGGUGAAGUUCAUGUACGAGUGUGUGACAGGACAAAGGAUCGAGGGCACGUAUGGCUGUAUCAUGGCAGACGAGAUGGGUUUGGGCAAGACCCUGCAGUGUAUUACAUUACUCUGGACUCUACUACGUCAGGGGCCUGAAGCUAAGCCUACAGUAGACAAAGUGGUCAUUGUUGCUCCAAGCUCUCUCGUUAAAAACUGGUGUAAUGAGAUCACAAAGUGGUUAGGUGGACGAGUGAAUGCGCUGCCUAUAGAUGGUGGCUCCAAGGACCACAUUGAUAGACAACUACAAGGCUUCAUGCAGACAUACCGGGGCCGUACAACACAGCCAAUAUUGGUGAUAUCGUAUGAAACGUUUCGUAGUCAUGCAGCUGUACUACACAAGGGCGAGGUGGGGUUGGUGCUUUGUGACGAGGGUCAUAGACUCAAGAAUUGCGAGAGCCAGACGUAUGUUGCGUUGAUGGGACUCAACUGUAAGCGGAGAGUUCUGCUCUCUGGUACUCCUAUACAGAACGAUCUCCUUGAGUACUUCAGCUUAGUGCACUUUGUAAACCAGGGAAUCCUCGGCACGGCUCAGGAAUUCAGGAAACAGUAUGAGACGCCUAUUCUGCGAGGUCAAGACUCGAUGGCAAGUGAUGCGGACCGAGCUCGGGCUGUGGAGCGGCUGCAGCAGUUAAUAGGACUGGUGAACCGGUGCCUGAUACGGCGCACAUCGGCACUGUUGUCUCAGUACCUGCCACUCAAAACUGAGCAGGUAGUCUGCAUCAAGCUGUCCUCACUGCAGGCCGACCUCUACAGAAAUCUCAUCAAUUCUGAGUCAUUUAAGCGUACCCUCAAAGGAACAAGCAGUGAAGGAAAAGUUUCACUGUCAGCUCUGUCAUCUAUAACCUCUUUGAAGAAACUGUGUAACCACCCGGAUCUGGUCAUGGACAAGAUCAAGUCACAGACUGAUGGCUUCGAGUCUGCUCGCUCCCUCUUGCCACAAGGCUAUGAACAAGCCCACUCCAGGCAAACCCUAAUGGUGGAGCUGUCCACCAAGCUGAUGGUCCUGGACUGUAUGUUAGCUGUGGUCAAGACUACCACUACAGACAAGGUGGUGCUCGUGUCUAACUACACGCAGACGCUGGACCUGUUUGAGCGACUUUGUCGUCUCCGCAAUUACCAGUAUGUGCGACUUGACGGUUCCAUGACCAUCAAGAAGAGAGCAAAGGUGGUGGAGGCCUUCAAUAAUCCAAAUGGUGGGGACUUCAUCUUCAUGCUCAGCUCAAAGGCAGGCGGCUGCGGUCUCAAUCUGAUCGGGGCCAACCGACUAGUCAUGUUCGACCCUGACUGGAACCCUGCUAACGACGACCAGGCCAUGGCACGAGUCUGGAGAGACGGCCAGAAGAAACCCUGCUUUGUCUACAGGUUCCUCUGUACUGGAAGCAUAGAGGAAAAGAUGAUGCAGCGUCAAGCCCACAAGAAAGCUCUGAGCUCCUCUGUGGUGGAUUGUGAGGAGGAUGUGGCUCGGCAUUUUUCUCUCUCAGAGCUGCGCAGUCUCUUCCAACUAGAGGAGAACACACCCAGCGACACUCAUGACAAGAUCAAGUGCAGCCGAUGUGUUAAUGGUAUACAGGUUAAGCCACCACCUGCAGAUGCUGACUGUACGAACGACCUGUCAUGUUGGCACCACUGUCGAGAGAAGCGUUGGCUGGUUGACCCUGUACUUAGACAAUGCUGGGAUGCAGGGGUGUCCUUUGUCUUCUACCAACACUCGCACAGAGCUCCUGAAAGAAAGACAGUUUCUGAAGAAGAUGAUGAAGAAAACAAUGGAGAUAAUGGAAAAGAAGAAUCUGAGAGUGAGGAAAAAGAAAAUGACACUGACAGUGAUAGAUAAUUUUGUAUAUGUAAAUUACUAUAUAAAAGUAUUACUGUGAUUUAUAUUGUAACCAUUUUAGUUAUAAAAAUGACUUUGUAAAUAUAUAUUCUGUACCAAUUA